UAAAAAGCAGUCAAAAAAAAUUAAAUAUAACUAAAUUUCAAAUUCAAACCAUAUAUUGCAAUUUCAAGAAACAAAUCUGAAAGAAAUUUAUUGUUGGAAUAAUAAAUGUUCUCUGCUUGAAUCUUACUUUCAUACAUAUCGUAUUCCUGUAAUUUUGUCACAAUGAAAAAAGCUAUAAAUGUCAUUUGGACGUGUAACACAACGAGAGGUUACUCCCGAUUUGAGUUACUCAAUUGGGUCAACUACACACUCUGCGUGGAUUUGAUUAAAAUUGAAGAAAUGUGCUCUGGAGCUGGUUAUUGUCAAUUAUUUGAUAUGCUUUUCAAUAACGUCCUUCCUAUAAAUAAAGUAAAAUUUUCCACUAAUCUUGAAUAUCAAUAUAUUAACAACUUCAAAUUGUUGCAAGAUGCGUUCAAGAAGGUUAACGUUUCGAAAGAAAUUCCCAUCAAUGACUUAGUUAAAUCUCGUUUUCAAGCCAACUUCGAAUUUCUUCAAUGGUUUCAUAAGUUUUUCGAAGCCAAUCGUGAGGAUUGUACUUUAGUAGACUACGAUCCUAUACAGAAAAGAAAUGGAUGCUCCAUAGUCACAGGUCUAUCAAAACAGGCAGAUAAGAUAAAAUGCAAAGUCACUGAGACACACUCCAAUCAGACUUUUACUAUAUGCGUAGGCUCAAGAUCAAGUGAAGAUUCGGAUGCAUUAUCAGAGACUUCUCAAUCCAUGAAGUUAACUAAUGAAGGAAAACCAUAUGUGAAGCCAAGUAAAAAACCUAUAAUAGCAAAUGAAAACCUAAAGCAUUUAACAGUAUCAAAUCCGUCAAUAAAGAAAAAACGUUUAAAAAAAGGUAACAAGAAGAGAAGCAGUCUCGGAAGUACCGCUGGUACAGGCAGUAAUGUAAAAAAAAGCAAAUCCUUUGUGAUUAGAAAAGCUUCGAACGUCUCAAAUACAAGUCUAAAGAAUUCAGUGAAUGAUGGGAAUGGUGAUGUAAAAGAAAAUAAAUCCUUUGUAAUUGAAAAUACUUCUGCAGUCUCAAGUAUCGAUCUCAAGAGUAACGCUAUUGAAAAUAAGUCUAUUGACGUGAAAAAAAAUGACUCAUCAGUUAUUGAAAAAGCAUCAGAUGUCUCAAAUAUUGCUCCUGAGGAUUCUGUUAAAGGUGUGUCUGUUGCUGUAAAAAAUAAUGAAUCGUACGUCAUAAAAAAAGCAUCAAUAGAUUUUGAUUCUAUUAAUAAUAUGAUUAAAACUAUAGAUCAAAUUAUAGAAAAUGUACAUAUUCAAACCCAUGAGAAUAGGUUCCUUAAAAGGCAACGCGAUGUAAACUUCACCCGGCUGUGCUACCUGGAAAGACACUGUCAUACAAAUAUAAAUAGAAAUAUAUCUCAUCAAAUCCUGGAUAUAAUAUAUAAAUCUGAUAAAGGAGCUGAUACUCCCGGAGUGAUUCCUAAAGGAUAUAAAAUGUAAAGUAUUAUUCAAGAUGUAAUAACAACGUGGAGAAUAUGAACAGGAUUUCAAUUUCGAAGUUACAAUUUUAAAUUUUAUGUUGAGCCUUAAUAAUCUACUCAUCCGAUAUUUUUAUUCUAAUUAAAAA